ACAUCCUCUAUGGCCAGGCCGCUGCGUUCCUUCUGCCUCCACCGGAUCAGGUCCGGCAGCGGCGGCGCCGCGCCCACCGCCGCGCCGCCGUCGAUAUGCGGCGCCAAGGAGGCCGGUUCUAGCGACGGUUGCGGCGAGAGCAACUCGCUGAAGGGAGAGGAGGACGAGGAGGCGAAGAAGAAGGGCGGCAGUGAGGCUGUCGCCGUCGUCGUGGGAAGGAAAGUGAUGGUGGCGGCGGACGGCGGCAGCGAGGAGGCCAGGACGGCGCUGCACUGGGCGCUCUCGCACGCCGUCCGGCCCUGCGACACGCUCGUCCUGCUCGACGUCGUCAAGGGAGCAGGCGGCAACAGCAAGAACCGACGCGAUCCAAGAGGGUGUCAGCACCUGGAGGCGAUGAGGAGCAUCUGCCAGGCCAAGAGACCAGAGGUGCGCGUGGAGCUUUCCCUGGCGGAGGGGAAGGACCGGGGCCCCGCGAUCGUGGAGGCGGCGAGGAAGCAGGGCGUGUCGCUGCUCGUCGUCGGCCAGAAGAAGCGGUCCGUCACGUGGCGGCUGCUGUCGAUGUGGAUGGCCGGCGUCAAGGGCGCGGCCGGGGGCGGUGGCGGCGGAGGCGGAGGCGCAAGCGCCGCCGACUACUGCGUGCAGCACGCGGCGUGCAUGGCGCUCGCCGUCCGGCGGAAGAGCCGGCGAGGCGGCGGCUACCUCAUCACCACCAGGAGGCAGAGGGAUUUCUGGCUCCUGGCCUGAGGUCCUGUGGAGUCUGGAGAGCUUAGUAGGAGUUGCUUUCAAUUCAGGUGUGACUAAAGUAGUAGGUGGUAUAGACAAGGGGAAGGUGCUGAAGCUUAUAGAUAGGGGAAUAAUGCAGUAGAUUGGUGAUGCUGUCUGGAGUUGGCUUGAUGGCUUGGUUUUGCUUGUUGCUGGAUUGCCGAUCUUGAUCUUACAUGGAACUGUGGAAGGGGACAUUGGAUUGUUGAUGGUUUGGAUUUCGCAACAA